GCAUCGCCACUAGGCAGGGUUAGUCAAAGCUGCAUCUGUCACGUGGUUUGACUUUCGGACCUGGGCUCAGAGAAAAAAGGCGGGCAGGCAGUUUCACUAUGGCUGUCCCCCCCCCAUCCAGCCAGUCUUCCCUUACUAUUAACAGCAUCGACUGCCUUGAAUCCCCCUCGGUGGGACACACAAUUGGUAACGAUCGUCAAAAUCAAGGCGCUCUCGAGGCGGGCCAAAGCGAAAAUCACAAUAAACACAGAGAUUCCUUUUUUUUUUUUUUCUCGCUCUCUCUCUUUUACCCUUGUCCUUCUUCUCUCUCCUUUAAGGUCCUCAGUUGCCCUUUUUUAUCCAUCAUGAUGGCCGUGAAAGCUGACUACUUACUGAGCUUACGCUCAGUACGUGAGCAGACCAAGCAGAUGCAGCACAUCGUUCAAUCAGGCAGGUUACAGCAUUUUGACAUCGAUCUAGGGAAAAUGGAAGAAGUUGUACGAUUUGUCACGUUGCUGGUCAAGCGAGACUUUGACGAUCCGAGCGAUAUGCCAUCGCAUUCAAGAUGGAGACACUUUGAAGUGGGUGGAAAGCCAAGAAUAAAACAGCUGGAGUCCUCUUGGGCAUCAGUGACUCCAACAGAGAAGGCUAAACGUCUUAUUGACCUGUGUGUUAUGAGUGUACUACUUGACGUAAAUCCUCUGCAUCACUGGGCGUACCAAGAAAAAUCAACCGGAAGAACUCACAAGCGAACCGAGGGGAUUGCUAUUGCUGUACUUGAUCUUUUCAAGUCUGGUCUCUUUUCUAGUGAUCCUGGUGAUCCUAAUCGCGUCGAUGCAUCGGCAUUAGCAGACUUGACUCUCGACGACUUGGCCAGCGGAUUUCAGUUGAAUGCAAAAAAUACUUUGAUUGGCCUCGAAGAUCGAAUCAAUCUGAUACAACAUGUCACGGAAACAAUGAAGGAUUAUUCCAACAUUUUUUCGGGUAAUGAUAAGUCAUCUUCUCGACCUGGAAAUAUGCUAGAUUACAUCUUGUCGCAUCCUUCCACCGUUCGUUCAAGUAAAGGUACUGUGAUUCAAAUGGAGACGCUAUGGUCUGUGGCUAUCUUGCUGGGAGAACUAUGGGCACAAGGCUCACCGGUUGAAGGAAGAUCGGUUGGCGAUGUGUGGCCAUGCGAAGCGUUGAGAUCUGCUGGCUUUUCGGAUCCCUAUGUGCCCUUCCACACCACCACCCAAUGGCUUUGCUACUCCAUCGUUGAAGUACUUGAAACUCAACUCGGUAUCACAGUGGAUGGCAAAGAUCAACUCACUCCACUGACCGACUACCCUAAUGGUGGCUUGCUUCUGGAUACCGGAUUUCUUACCUUGAAAAAAGGAGAUCUGGAGUCGGGUCUGUCCAACUACCGACGUAACUCUCUGUUACCGGGGCAACCCAAGAUGGAAGUCACCCCCAUGUUUGAUAUUAGCGACCCUGUGGUUAUUGAAUGGCGAGCGCUGACUAUCACCUAUAGUGAGAUGAUAGCGUCUAAGGUGCGCGACAAACUCAAAUCCAGGAAGAACUUGUCAUUAUCACAAAUCCUCGAAGGAGGCAUCUGGAACGCUGGACGGGAGCUGGCGGAGAUUUCUAGGCCAAAUACUCAAGAGCCGCCUAUCGUUAUUAAAAUCGAGAAGAACACCAUGUUCUAGGCAUACCUGAUCUACCUAUUAUUACUAGCGAUAAACUAGUAGGCAUUUUUUUUAUGAUUUGAGAGACCAUAUCUCCUUCAAAAAAUUUGUGUACAACAGAACUACUUAGCAUGAUGUGGAGAACGGUAUUCUAUGAACGGUGAUAUCCAUUUUUUUUUCUCACACACACGUUCCAUAAUAAACGCAUCCAUUACCAACAGCGUAUGGCGAGCACCUUGGCUGCUUAUCGUUUUGCGUGAUCACAGCCGAACGAGGUAAAUUGUCUCAUGCAUCACAAAAGCUGUUGUCUGACU